AGCAGGUGCCCAAAACAUUAAAAGGAAGGGAGAAGAUAUGCGCUUAUGGGAAGGGAAUUUGCAGUCAUGCAAGGCGGCGCGAAGAUCUGGAUCGCUUUUUUGCUUUUCUAAACAGUGAGUAGGAUUACUAGGAGAGGAGGAGAAGGGGGAGGGUGAUUAUCAGUGCAUGUCAUUUGCACACUCACCCGCAUCGAAUUCCAGCAAGUGCUUUUUGCAGUUUUAAUUGCAGCCAAAGUUUGGGGGAGGAGGAAGAGGGUCGGUGGUGGUUCUAGUCCUGCUGCUACCCAGUGCAGUGCGUUUGGAUGGAGACAUCUUCUCCCCAGCUCCUCCCUAUGGCCUGUCCGGCUCCCUGCAUCUCACAGGUGUAAGGAACUUCAGUCUUCAGUCGUGAUCAAGCCGGUCUGGCCCUCCUCUCGCUUUCCGUCGUGUUCCCUUCCUUUCUUUUCUCUCCUAAUUUUCAUCUGCAAUGCUUUCAAGAAGCAGAAGUGCAAGCCCGACCUCUCAGCCAGAAUGAAGAGGUGCAAAUCGGAUGAGCUACAGCAACCAGAGGAAGAGUUUGCUGGGGCUGAAGAUGCCCCUAUUCUGUCUACCAUGGAUACCAAGCCUGGGGAUUUGGCUACUGCCCUGUCAGAUGUGGCUGCCUCAAAUCCAAACCCUGUACCUCAUCCUGUUACCCGGAGUAAGCCUCCUGAUUUAAAAAAGAUACAACAGCUGUCUGAGGGAUCUAUGUUUGGACAUGGCCUUAAGCAUCUUUUCCAUAGCCGCAGACGGUCCCGGGAACGGGAACACCAGAACUCCCAGGAGUCAUCACAGCAGCACUGUGGCCUGUCUGACCAUGACUCCCCUGAUGAAAAAGAGCGCUCCCCCGAGAUGCACCGUGUCUCCUAUGCCAUGUCUCUCCAUGAUCUCCCAGCUCGACCCACCGCCUUCAACAGGGUGUUGCAGCAGAUUCGCUCCCGUCCUUCCAUUAAGAGGGGGACCAGCCUGCACAGUGGUAGUCGCCGAGCCAAGAGUGGUUCCCUGGAACCCCAGAAAAGUAGCCCACACCUAGUGCGCAAGGCUCCCCAGGAUAGCAGCCUGACAGCAAUAUUGUACCAACACCAAGGCCGGCCAAGAUCUUCAUCUACCACUGACACCGCUAUCCUUAUGGCUGAAAGUGGGACCGUGUAUCUCCUGGCAGAAGAGUCAGAGUGCCUCACUGACAAGUUGGAUAAAGGGGAUGUGAGCCAACUCAGCCUGCCUUCCAGUACAAGCCACAGUGAUGCUGACGGCAACAUCUGCCUUGAUGUUCCAGAUGGCAACCCAGACCCACAGAGGACAAAAGCUGCCAUUGACCAUCUGCACCAGAAGAUCCUUAAGAUCACUGAGCAGAUCAAGAUUGAGCAAGAGGCCCGAGAUGACAACGUGGCUGAGUACCUGAAGCUAGCUAACAAUGCCGACAAGCAGCAGGCCUCUCGUAUCAAGCAGGUCUUUGAGAAGAAGAACCAGAAGUCAGCCCAGACCAUUGCCCAGCUGCACAAGAAGCUUGAACAUUACCACAGGAAGCUAAAGGAGAUUGAACAAAAUGGGCCCUCGCGCCAGCCCAAAGAUGUCUUCCGGGACAUGCACCAGGGCCUCAAAGACGUAGGGGCCAAUGUCCGCUCCAGCAUCAGUGGCUUUGGAGGUGGUGUGGUGGAGGGUGUCAAGGGUGGACUGUCAGGCCUUUCUCAAGCCACACACACAGCUGUAGUCUCCAAACCCCGUGAGUUUGCAAGUUUGAUCCGUAACAAAUUUGGGAGCGCAGACAACAUUGCCCACUUAAAGGACACACUAGAUGAUGGGCACCCUGAAGAGGCCUCACGGACUCUGAGUGGUAGUGCCACUCUGGUGUCUAGUCCUAAAUACGGCAGUGACGAUGAGUGCUCCAGUGCCACUUCUGGCUCAGCAGCAGGUAGCAACUCUGGGGCAGGUCCUGGUGGUUUGGGCAGCCCCAAGUCUAACACCUUGGACAGUCACCACUAUAAUUUGGAGACUAUCAUAGAAGAACUUAGAGAGAUUAAGGACAUUCAAUCACAUCUUGAGGACUCCAUGGAAGACCUCAAGGCCCAGCUGCAACGAGACUAUACUUACAUGACUCAGUGCUUGCAGGAAGAGCGUUACAGAUAUGAGCGCCUAGAAGAGCAGCUGAAUGACCUGACAGAGCUUCACCAGAAUGAGAUGACCAAUCUCAAGCAGGAGCUGGCUAGCAUGGAGGAGAAGGUGGCUUACCAGUCCUAUGAGAGAGCCAGGGACAUCCAGGAGGCUGUGGAAUCCUGCCUGACUCGCGUCACCAAGCUGGAGCUUCAGCAGCAGCAGCAACAGGUGGUGCAGCUGGAAGGGGUGGAGAAUGCCAAUGCCCGGGCCCUGCUGGGCAAAUUCAUCAAUGUCAUCUUGGCCUUGAUGGCCGUGCUGCUGGUCUUUGUCUCCACCAUUGCUAAUUUCAUCACGCCCUUGAUGAAGACCCGCAUGCGUCUCUUGAGCACCACCCUGCUAGUGCUUUUUCUCUUCCUCCUCUGGAAGCACUGGGACUUCAUCACCUAUCUUCUGGAACAUGUGCUGCUCCCUAGCUGAUUCUCCUGGCAGCCAGAUGCCGGGGCUGCAGCAUGUUUGGUUUUUUUUCUCUUGAGGAGAGG